AUGGAGCCAAGUUUCAGGAGGUGAGGGCUCAUCAAAAGAAAAAGUCUUGAUAAUUAGAUAGAUUUUAUUUGAAAAAUUCCACUCUAAAUUGUCUCAAAAAUUUCACAUGAACCUUUAACAGCUUAUUUUCGAUAUUUUAAAUACUAAAUAUCUUUUUUUCCGCUUGCUAAUGUAAUAAUAUUCUACAGGAGAAAUCAGUCUCUUUAAAAAUAGCACAGAAAAAAAUUGUUUUACUAGUUUAGUCUCUUGGUUCUUGAAAACGAUAUCAUGUUCACUGAAAUCUAAUGAAAUAAUCUUUCUAAAUGAAAAAUCACUUUGAAAAAGUUUGAUUUUUAAUGAAGAAUCAGUUUCAGAAAAGGUGAUUCUAUGAAGAAUUCAGGAUUUCUUUCUUAAAAAGCUCGAAAAUGUUUCGAUUUUUAAACAUUUCAAAUGAGAUGAUAAUGUCUGUUUCUCACUUCAAAGCCAAUAGAAAUUUCCAGUCGAGCGUUUUUGUUUUUAGUCAACGGUAAAAAAAUUAGGGACGGAAUAGUUUUCUCAAUCAAAAAAAUGUAAGAAAAACAAGAAUUUCUUCUUGUAAAAAUUGAACCAAAAAAAUCAGUUCAUUAUGAAACUUUAGUUUGUUUUUAUUCUAAGGAAAACGAAUUUUGGCCUUUCUUCUUCAGAAGAAAACUUGAGUUCAAAAAUGAAUAUCUAUGAACCCAUUGAUUUCAGACAAAAGAAUCCGUGUGCAGGGCGAUCUACGAAGCAGAUGAAAUCCAAAAUAUACGCCUAUUUCCACGAAAAUAUCAUCGAGCCAUGGCGGUUCAAUUGGUAAGUGGAAAUGAGGGUUGAAUCAUAGAAUGACCGAGAAAAAUAGAGAAAAAAGUUAAGGAAUUGACGAUUUUCGAGGAAUUUAGGGCUACAGAAUGCUUGACAGCUUUUUUGAACAAUUUUUUUCAACUUCAAAAAAUAUUUCCAAUCUUCUUUGUGCUUCACGGAGAGGAAGUCCGGAAAACUGAAAGUUUUCUAAAAAAUUUGAUAAAAGUUUACCAAUUCUCAUGGUCCUAACGGAAGACAAAUUUGAAGAGUCUUAAAAAAAUGUAGCGAUCUUUUACGAUGUUCUUCAAAUUAUAAAGUUUUAAAAUAUUAUUUAAAGAUCACAAAGAAAGCUACUGUGUGAACUUGACGUCGCUGAAGAAUGUUUCCACUGUGAACUGGAUUCUGAAGAAGAUCCGGGAGAUUCUGAAGACGUUGAGAACGGCGCUGGAUCGCCACAACUCAGCGCUUCGACUCCCGACGUCUUGCCUCUAUAA